CCGCAGCGCCGUCCGUCGGGCAUGGACUCGGGCCGGGACUUCCUGACCCUGCACGGUCUACAGGAUGACAAGGACCUACAGGCACUGCUGAAGGGCAGCCAACUCUUGAAGGUGAAGUCCAACUCAUGGCGGAGAGAACGCUUCUACAAGCUGCAGGAGGACUGCAAGACCAUCUGGCAGGAGUCCCACAAGGUCAUGCGGACCCCAGAGUCCCAGCUGUUCUCCAUCGAGGACAUUCAGGAGGUGCGGAUGGGGCACCGCUCAGAGGGCCUGGAGAAGUUUGCCCGGGACGUGCCUGAGGACCGCUGCUUCUCCAUCGUCUUCAAGGACCAGCGCAAUACUCUAGACCUCAUCGCCCCAUCGCCCACCGAAGCCCAGCACUGGGUGCAGGGCCUGCGCAAGAUCGUCCAUCACUCGGGCUCCAUGGACCAGCAGCAGAAGCUGCGGCAAACGGACAACAAGAUGAACUUCAAGGAGCUGCAGAACUUCCUGAAGGAGCUCAACAUCCAGGUGGACGACAGCUAUGCCCGAAAGAUCUUCAGGGAAUGUGACCACUCUCACACAGACUCCCUGGAGGAUGAGGAGAUUGAGACCUUCUACAAGAUACUGACACAGAGGAAGGAGAUCGACCUCACCUUCAAGGAGGCUGCGGGCUCGGGGGAGACCCUGUCGGUGGAUCAGUUAGUGAUCUUCUUGCAGCACCAACAGCGGGAGGAGGCGGCGGGGCCUGCGCUGGCCCUCUCCCUCAUUGAGCGCUACGAGCCCAGCGAGAUGGUCCUGGAGAAGGAGGAGAUGAGGCCCUGCCCUCAGGGGGGCCUCACAGCAUGGGGGACAGAGGAGGAGAUAGGGCCCCACCCUGGGAUAGUCACGGUCUGGUCAAGAGACUCAAGCUUAGCCGCUUCCAAGAGGGCGCUGUGCAAAGGCUGCCGCUGCCUGGAGCUCGACUGCUGGGAUGGACCCAACCAGGAACCGGUCAUCUAUCACGGCUACACCUUCACCUCCAAGAUCCUCUUCUGCGACGUGCUCAGGGCCAUCCGGGACUACGCCUUCAAGGUGUCCCCCUACCCCGUCAUCCUGUCCCUGGAGAACCACUGCAGCGUGGAGCAGCAGCGUGUGAUGGCGCAACACCUGCACACCCUCCUGGGCCCCAUGCUGUUGGAUCGGCCACUGGACAGGGUCACCAGCAGCCUGCCUUCCCCUGAGCAACUGAAGGGGAAGAUAUUGCUGAAGGGGAAGAAGCUUGGGGGGCUUUUCCUCCCUGGAGGGGAAGGCAGCCCUGAGGCCACUGUGGUGUCAGAUGAGGAUGAGGCUGCUGAGAUGGAGGAUGAGGCAGUGAGGAACCAAGUGCAGCACAAGUCCACGGAGGACAAGCUCAGACUAGCAAAGGAGCUCUCAGAUAUGGUCAUUUACUGCAAGAGCGUCCACUUUCUGGGCUUCCCCAGUCCUGGCACCCGUGGGCAGGCUUUCUAUGAGCUGGCAUCCUUCUCCGAGAACCGCGCCCUCCGACUGCUUCAAGAAUCAGGAAACAGCUUUGUCCGCCACAAUGUGAGUCACCUGAGCAGGAUCUACCCCGCCGGGUGGAGAACGGAUUCCUCCAACUACAGCCCUGUGGAGAUGUGGAAUGGGGGCUGCCAGAUCGUGGCCCUGAACUUCCAGACACCUGGGCCAGAGAUGGACGUAUACCAGGGCCGAUUCCAGGACAAUGGGGCCUGUGGGUACGUGCUGAAGCCUGCCUUCCUGCGAGACCCCAACUCCACCUUCAACUCCCGUGCCCUGGCUCAGGGGCCCUGGUGGGCUCGGAAGCGGCUCAAUGUCAGGGUCAUCUCAGGGCAGCAGCUGCCAAAAGUCAACAAGAAUAAGAAUUCAAUUGUGGACCCCAAGGUGACAGUGGAGAUCCAUGGCGUGGGCCAGGACGUGGCCAGCCACCAGACCGCUGUGGUCACCAAUAAUGGUUUCAACCCAUGGUGGGACACAGAGUUUGAGUUCGAGGUGAUUGUGCCUGAGCUCGCCCUCGUGCGCUUUGUGGUGGAGGACUACGAUGCCUCCUCCAAGAAUGACUUCAUUGGCCAGAGCACCAUCCCCUUGAACAGCCUCAAGCAGGGAUACCGCCAUAUCCACCUCCUGUCCAAGAACGGAGACCAGCACCCGUCUGCCACCCUCUUUGUGAAGGUGGGCCUCCAGGACUAG